AUGACCAACUAAACUGUUCAACUUUUGCCUUCUUCUUCUUCUCCAAUUUCAGAUUUGAUCCAAUCUGUAGCCUACGGAAACGAAAGGGGAAAACUGCAGACAAAUCAAAGGUGGAUCCAUGGGUGAUGUACAGCUAAAGAAAAGAGGAUACAUCUGGGCAAUCUCUGCUGGGUUCAAUGCAGCUCUUGCUGCCAUCUCUGCAAAGUUCUUCUCAUCUCUUGUGAUUAAGUAUGGAUUAGUUGUAUUAUGCAAUGUGGUAAUGUGGGGAUGUUAUGUAAACAGCUUAAGAGCUCUCUCUUCUCUACAAGCUACUGUCACUAACUUUGCUGCUAAUUUCCUCUCUUCUGGUUUUGCGGGCCUCUUUCUGUUUCACGAGUCCUUACCAUUCCGUUGGUUUGCGGGAGCUUUAUCGAUCACCAUUGGAGUUGUAAUCCUCAGUAAGUCAAGUGUUGAUAAUAAGGUUAGUACGGAUUAGUUCAAGAACCAAUGUAAUAGCUUCGCGUCUGGAGAAGGUUGCUUUGGCGUGCAAGUGUAAAGAAAAACUUCUAGUUAAGAGAUGGAUUAAGUUGUUUGAAGUCUUGGAGUUUAUUCUGUCAAGGAGACAAGGACCAAACUUGUAAUAACUACGAUUGAUUUUCCUGAUUUUGUUGUAGUUAGAUACAACUGUAAUAAAGGUCAAAGAUACCUCUAUUAACAUUUACAUGGACUUUGUAAUAAUGGUCAAAGAUACCACAACCGGACUUUGUAACAAAUGAUCAGUGUCAAAUACAACUUGAAUUCAAUGUUAAAUACAA